UGUAUAUAUACAUACUAUAUGUAUACAUAUAUGUAUAUAUAUAUAUAUAGUCAGUGGAAACAACCAGUGAAGCAACUGGAAUGAUAAAAGACACGAGUAGCUGACAGUCCACUCGCUUCAUUUAAAAAUAGUUCCAGUUACGGUCUCUACGGUGAAGCCAUUCGGCGUAGCUAUUUUAAAUUUUACGUCUUAGUUAUCUAUUUUUUCCUCUAAUAUGUCUCGCGCUCAAUUACUCACAAUAGUAACUAUUCUUAUGAUAGGUUUAUAUUUUCAAGUGGCGAACACGGAGCUUGAAGUAGAACUGGUACAGGUGCUAUUCAGACAUGGAGAAAGAACACCGCGUAUAAAAGAAAUGUGGCCGACCGAUACGUUGAAUGAAACCGCUUACGAGCCAUGGGGUCUUGCUCAACUGACGAACGAAGGAAAAAUGAGGGAGUAUCGGAUAGGAAAGAUGUUGAGAGAACGGUAUGAUCAAUUUCUGGGACGCAUAUAUCAUCCUUCCGACGUCUACGCUUACAGUUCGGAUCACGACCGGACGAAAAUGUCUCUUCAAUUAGUAUUGGCUGGUCUCUAUCAUCCGACUGAAAUGCAAAUGUGGAACGCGAAUUUGUCUUGGAUGCCUAUACCAACGUAUUAUAUGCCAGAGAAAAUUGACGAUUUAAUGAAACCAGAUCUCUCUCCGUUAUACCUCGAGGCAGUGGAUGAAGUACGAAAUUCCGAGGAAAUUCUUAAAAUAGUAUCGCCUUACAAUAAACUGUUUAAGUAUCUUAGUGAAAAAACCGGUUUGAAUAUAACGAAAACAAAUCAAGGAUAUGAAAUAUAUAAUCAACUUGUAGCGCGGAAAACUAUGAAUCUACCGAUGCCUGAGUGGUGUACCGAUGAAAUAUAUGAAAAACUUCAAGAUAUCGUAAAGAUCGAAUAUACCAUUCGCUCGCACACGCCUUUUUUGAAACGAUUGAACGGCGGCGCUAUUAUUAAAAGGUUCAUUGAGAACAUUAAAGUGAAUGAGGAGCGUGAAAGGCCAAGGAAGAUUUAUCUCUACAGUGGACACGAAGUGAACAUCGCUGCUGUUGCAAAAUUGUUCAAUUUUACGGAACCCCAAAUACCCCCGUACGGGUGUGCGAUUAUAUGCGAGAAAUUGAAAGAUCAGGACGGCAAGCAUUAUAUCAGGAUACUGCUUUGGGGAGAUGAGAAGUUAGACACUUAUAGAAUAGAUGGAUGCGAAGAAAUUUGUCCAAUGGAAAAAUUCCUAGAUGUCGUAAAGGACAUGCUUCCUACUGAUCAAGAAUUUAAUCACAAAUGGGAUUAUAUAUCGAAAGAAGAAUUAAAAGAAUUGUACGAGGAAAGAAUGAAUUUAAAUUAAAUGUUAACUAUUACCAUA